AUGGCCGAAGCCUUGGGCAUCGCCGGCAGCGCUUUCGGAACGGUCUCCCUGGGAAUCCAGCUGUUCACUCACAUAUCCAACUAUCUCAAUAGCGUCGAGGGCCGGGAUGAAGAUCUUGAGCGCGCAAAGAAUUAUGCGCUGGACUUUCAUUCAUCCUUAAUCGCGCUCGAGACAUUGGCUUCUACUACCGGUAUUAGCGAUGCCGACCUCGAAAGAGUGAUCAACCAAGGCCAAGCCAAUUGUGCGAGCGCUAUCAACAAUUUGUCAAAGAUGGUUGCACAACUAAAAGGCCAGGAUCCUAUACCCAACAGUCGCGCUUCAAAAGCCAGGGCUCUCUAUGUCAAACUCAAGUAUCCAUUCAAAAAGCAAAACUUGGACAACUUGGAGAACCAAUUAUUUAAUACAGUCAGCGCUCUAAAGUUCGCCUUGACAAUUUUGCAAGUGUAA